AUGUUGAAGCGGGAAGUAGAGACUUUCGCGCGCAUGUCUCAUCCAAAUAUCGUUGAAUUCAAGGCAGUGCAAGGUUUUGGAGGAACGCACCUUGAAAUCUUUGCAGCUCUCAGAGAGGGCAACAUCAACGACCUAAUUGAGAAAGAGCUGUUUCUAAGAGAGCCCAAAUGGGCGGAGGCUCUUCUCCGCCAGAUGCUCCAAGCGCUCGAUUACCUUGCGUUCAAGGGCAUUGUGCAUAGGGAUGUUAAGCCCGCGAACAUCCUCUACCAAUCUCUAUCAGGCGGUAGCUAUACCUUUCAACUUACGGACUUUGGCCUUUGCAAUUUUAUCGUUGCCGCCCAGACGUUCGCUGGAUCUCCCAUGUUCAUGGCACCCGAGUUCCAUUUAGGGAUCCAGCAAACAUCGAAGGUAGAUGUUUGGUCCCUUUUUGUCACGUUAGCGUACGCAUUGAACGUAAGUGAGUUCCGGAAGAAGCGGUUCGACACGCACACGUUGCGCGUCAGGGCGGCACAGGAGGCUGCGAAUGAGGCUGGCUUCCAUCCUAUCCGAGCCAUGGUGAUCGUCGACCCGAAGGCACGAGCCUCGGCGGCAGACAUGCUCGAUGCGCUCUUCCACGGGGAAGGGCGUUCGACUCCUCGCGAUCAGAUGCAAAGCGCUCCUAAGGUAGACAGGAACGCAUCAACACCGCGAAAAGAGCAAACGCAUAGGAUCAAGAAAACCGUUGCUCAGAGGCGCCAUGGCCAAGAGUUCGAGGGUUUUGUGACCACAGCGAGGCGCAAAAUGCCUGGCGCAUUUCAAGAUGACGUCGUUGAAGCUUUAGGAGGGGUGCAGGAUCGGCCCCAUUUUACCUAA